AUGCCGGCACCGCGGCUCCCACGAACCCUAUCUGCCCUAUUUGCGCUCAGCUCCCUUGUAUCCGCCAUAACCCUUGACUGCACUGACGUCGGAGUAGACAAACAGCACUUCGACCUCAGCCCCCUCAAAGGUCCUCACUCGGUGCACUGGCUGGACGAUUCCUCCCCCAGCAUAACCUCAAACUACACAUUCACCAUCGACAUCUGCGCACCGUUACAGCGGACGAAAGGGGUUGACAAGGAGGACGAGUGUCCGCACGGUACAAGAGUAUGCGGCAUCGAGCGCGACGGCGACGAACCCAAGAUAGUCCGCGUCAUUCCCAUAGCUGGCAACUACGAGCACGACUACGGCCGGCCCCUAGACCCUAAGAUAACCCGCCUAAAAGACUCCGAUUCCCACGCCGAUGCCAGCAAGGAGGGCGUGCGGAUAGAGCUACACGGCGGUAAGUGGCCAUUCGAGGAGAAGGGAAAUAAGGGACAUAAACAAAGAGCCCUUGUAGAGUUUAUUUGCGACGCCGGGAGGGAUGGUUUAGAAGGGGACGAAUCGGAUAAGCGGGAGAAGGAGGAGCAGGCGGAGGCGCUGGAAAGGCGGGACGAGGAUGAGAAGAAGAAGAAGGACAACAAGAGUCUGAAGGUGGUCAGCUACAAGUUUGAGGGCGACGACAGGGUUGGCGUGCUGAGGAUGGAAUGGCGGACAAAGUACGCUUGCGAGAAGGCUGGGAGUGUUGCACCAGCCAAGUCGACAGGCUGGGGCUUCUUUACUUGGUUCAUCAUUAUACUCUUCCUGGCUGUAGCGUCAUACCUCAUUUUCGGUUCUUGGCUGAACUACAGCCGGUACGGCGCACGUGGUUGGGAUCUGUUGCCGCAUGGAGACACUAUCAGGGAUAUUCCGUAUCUGCUCAAGGACUGGGCGAGAAGCAUCAUGAGCACGAUACAAGGGGGCGGCAGUAGAGGCGGAUACAGCGCGGUGUAA